AUGUAUUAUAAGAAGAAAAAUUUUGCUCACUCCUCAACCUAUCCACGUAGGAAAGCCUAUCUCGCUCCUAAGAUCGGACCCCUCGGUCUCGCCCCCAAGAAGAUCGGAGAAGACAUCGCCAAGGAAACUGCCAAAGAGUGGAAAGGCCUCCGCUUAACCGUCAAGCUCACGGUUCGGAAUCGUCAGGCGAAAGUCCCGGUGGUUCCCUCUGCCGCGGCGCUGGUGAUCAAGGCGUUGAAGGAACCCGAGAGGGAUAGGAAGAAGGUGAAGAACACUAAGCAUAACAGGAACAUUUCGUUUGAUGAUAUGGUUGAGAUCACGAGGAUCAUGAGACCUAAGUCGAUUGCGAAGGAACGGGACUGUGAAGGAGAUUUUGGUCUGAGAAAACCACACAGCACCAUGAAGUAUUCUGGUAGGAAAAUGUUGGCUCUGAAAAAAGAGAGAGCAAGUGACUUUUUGGAUGCGUUUCUGAAAUCAUAA